UCGGGAUAUUACCGUUAUUUUCAAAAACAAACAAUAAAAGUCUGUCACAGCAGCAGCGAGUAGACUUUGAAAGGUUUUCCCGGUCACCGUACUUAGGUUCUGUCUCGGAUAAACUGGGAAGCCGAAUAUCACUGAGAUGAAGAGACUGUCCUGAACCGAAAUGAUCCCCCUCUUAGUUCUAUACUACUGCCGUUUAUACCGAGAUUUCAUGUUUCUGUCUGAUGUCAGUUCUGCUUUCUCCAACCGAUAUGUGCCGUGUGGCGCGUUCUGCCUCCGCUGCUCGUGGCGUGAAAGCCUACAUUGUGUCCGCUAGAACGGACCGCCGCACGUCACUUUAAAACACAGUGUGACCGUUUGAAUAAUUUCAUAGAAUUAUGUUUCAACCUCUCUACCGUUAUUUUAGUUGUUACCGAAUAACGAUAUGAGCCCGAAUUCGUAGCUGCUCAGCCCGCACCGUGUGAUCUCAUCGCAGCCCACAUCGAGCUGUCUGCGGCAGUUGGUGGAGGUUCCCGUGCUACUGGAGAGAGGUAUAAGGAUGUUGAGCCAGAGAGGAGCGCGUCCAGCCAGCCUGACCCAGAGCAGCAGCGAGGUGAGCCCCAGCGAGGUGAGCCCCAGCGAGGUGAGCCCCAGCGAGGUGAGCCCCAGCGAGGUGAGCCCCAGCGAGGUGAGCCCACACCAUGGGGAAGUCUCGGCUGUUCCGGAUCUCUCUGAUCCUGGGUUCUGUCUUCAUGAUCCUGCUCAUCAUCAUGUACUGGGACGAUGUGGGGGCCUCCCACUUCUACCUGCACACCCCCGUCUCCCCCAUCUCCCCCCCCGGGCCCAGGACCCCCCGGCCCCCCCAGCCCGCCCCCCUCACACCCCACGUCCCCUCCUUCCUGUCCGACAUCGACGCCUUCGUCAACCAGUUCCUGGAGGGGACCUCCGACCCCACCGAGACCGCGCCGCAGGAACCCAUCAACCAAUCGGAGCGUGCGGAGGAGCGCUACGUGCCUCCGAGGGAGUGGAAGAUCCACGUGGGCCCGGUGGCGCCAGAGCAGAGGCGGCGUCAGGACGCUCGCCGGCAGAGGCUCCAGGAGCUCUGCCAUGACGACACCGUCAGCUUCCCCGGGAAGAACCGCACGUUCGACGACAUCCCCAACAAGGAGCUGGACCACCUCAUAGUGGACGACCGGCACGGCAUCAUCUACUGCUAUGUACCCAAGGUGGCAUGUAGUAACUGGAAGCGCAUCAUGAUCGUUCUGAGUGAGAGCAUGCUCCUGGACGGGGUACCGUACCGCGAGCCCUCGGCCGUGCCCAGGGACAUGGUCCACAACAGCAGCCUGCACUUCACCUUCAACAAGUUCUGGAAACGCUACGGCAAGUUCUCCCGCCACCUCAUGAAGGUGAAGCUUCAGAAGUACACCAAGUUCCUGUUUGUCAGGGACCCUUUCGUCCGCCUCAUCUCCGCUUUCCGGAACAAGUUCCAGCUUCCCAACGAGGAGUUCUACAAACGCUUCUCCCAGGUCAUCCUCCGGCGCUACGGCAACCACUCGGACCUGCCCACCUCGGUGGAUGAGGCCUUUGCCGCGAAGCUCCGCCCCUCCUUCUCCCAGUUCAUCCAGUACCUGCUGGACCCCCAGACAGAGACGGAGAUGCCGUUUAACGAGCACUGGCGCCAGGUGUACCGGCUGUGCCACCCGUGUCAGAUCCAGUACGACUUCGUGGGCCACCUGGAGACGGUGGAGGAGGACGCAGAGCACCUGCUGAGGAUCCUGAAGGUGGACAAUGUGGUGGAGUUCCCCACCUCUCACAGGAACCUGACAGCCAGCAGCUGGGAGGCCGACUGGUUCAGCACAGUGCCCCUAGUGGCCCGAAGGGAACUGUACAGGCUCUAUGAGCCAGAUUUCAGACUGUUUGGAUAUGACAAACCUGAGUCAAUUCUAAAUGACUGAUACUUAUGUGACACACACACACACUCUUGCCAAGUGUAUCAGGCUGUAGAAGGUGUGACCUCUGACCCUGCUGUGGGUGAUGUAGAUGGUACAUGUUUCUGUUGCGUUUGAAUCUCACGUUUAAACUCCCGGUGGAACAGGUGAGGAAACACCUGUAGCAAACUAUGAUGUCAGAAAGAAGACUUGUGAUGUCACACAUUGUAUGCUGUGAUGUCACAGAUCCUCGUAGCUGGCUGUGUCACAGAGCCUUUGCAUUUUUUCUGUGACACAGAUUAUUACAUCUGUGAUGUCACAGACCCCUUGUAGCUAUGACAUCACCCUACUGAUUGAAGCCUAAGUGUUGGUGAGGAGUUUUAGGGCAUUUGUUUUCAAAUCUUUUUACAUUUUUAGAGGCACUUUUAGAGCAAACUAAUUUUAAUGCACAACGUCUUGGUGUAGUGUUUGUUACAAUCAAGCAUGAAAGGGAUUUGUGUUAUGUUUUACAUUUUGACUGCUGUUAGCAUCUAUACCUCAGAAUCUGACAAAAAAAUAUAUAUUUUGGGACAGUUGCAAAUCCAUCUGCCUCCCACAUUUACAACAGCUGACACACCUGAUGUCAGAUCUGAACUUUAGGCGUACGCUCUGUUCCUGUUUCAGCAUGAAACAUGUAAAAUGUUUGUUAUAGUAGAAUGAGUUAAAAAAGGGAAGAAAAAAAGAAGAAAGAAGAAGAAAAUCACCAUUUCAGUACACGAGACACAGGCUGUGAUGACCCUAACCCACAGGCUGUGUGCCAGGAGACUGGGCUGUGAUGAUAGGCUGUGUGCCAGGAGACUGGGCUGUGAUGAUAGGCUGUGUGCCAGGAGACUGGGCUGUGAUGAUAGGCUGUGUGCCAGGAGACUGGGCUGUGAUGAUAGGCUGUGUGCCAGGAGACUGGGCUGUGGUCAGGUGUGUGUUGAUUGUAUGAUGCACAUGAUUCAGUUCAGAAGUGAAUGUUAGGGAAAGACCCUCUGUGUGACUCAGAGUGACCAUUGAGUGUUGAGAUGAAGCAGGCCUGUUGAAGACUGACCUGACCUGUCUCAGAAGCAGACCUCCUGGCUAGGUGGUGUUCUGACCUGUCUCAGAAGCAGACCUCCUGGCUAGGCGGUGUUCUGACCUGUCUCAGAAGCAGACCUCCUGGCUAGGUGGUGUUCUGACCUGUCUCAGAAGCAGACCUCCUGGCUAGGCGGUGUUCUGACCUGUCUCAGAAGCAGACCUCCUGGCUAGGUGGUGUUCUGACCUGUCUCAGAAGCAGACCUCCUGGCUAGGCGGUGUUCUGACCUGUCUCUGCCAGAGAAGGAGACCUCGCCAUUCUUGUCUUUUUUAUGUGUCAUUUUGUGUCAGCCAUUUGCAGAUUAAGACAAAAUUUUUGUCAUUUUGUCUAGAGAAAAAUAAUUGAUGCCAUGAACAAGGAAUUCUACUAUAAUGUGUUGAUUUUCAUAAGUGAAAUUUCAGAUACCGACAUUGUUUAUAUCCAGUAACUGGUUGCCAUGGACAGUGUUGCCGUGCAGCGUUAGAUGCCAAUGCCAGUAUUGUGAUGUCACACUGAAUAAGGGACAUGUUCAGGGGGGGUGGGGCUUGCAGCUACAGGUUAUAUAACACAAGGGUUAAGUGUGCAUUUAACAACUGCUUCGUCAUUGCUGUACAGUGUGUCCAGACCCAGCAGGCCUCUGUUGAGGUCCUGGCAGGUCAGUGCUGGGCUCGGGUCAUGUUUAGGCUAAAUGGUCAGUCGUGUUUUGGUCUGGCAGGGUCAUUGUUCUGUACUGUCCAGGCCAGAUAAAGUCAGUAGUGUUGCUAUGGAGAUCUGAUGUUGGCCUGGAGAUGGUGAGGAGGAGACAGUGCCUUUUGGUUGCUAUGGAAACAAAGUUUACACAGCCCAAAACAAAAAAAACACAACGAACAAAAAUAUUUUUGUAUAAUGACUUUUUACGUUGAAUUUGUCUCUUUAUGAAAACGUUGUAUCUUUGAUAUGCUGUUGGCCUGUUGAGGCCCUCUCUGACCGUGGGGAUUAGAAAGCAGUGUUUGUUCCAAGUGUGCUCUGUGUACAUGUGCUUUAAAGGGAUCCUCCUCUGUGGGUCCUAUGUACCUUGUCUUUGUAAUUUUGCUUGUACACACGGAACCUCUGGUGUGAUUUGUACAGUAUGUUGUUUCAUAGACACAAUCUGUGUUACAAACCUUACUACAUCCUGAGAAGUGGGUGUUUAUGUUGAAUUGUCAUCGUUUUAUUGCCUUUGUUCUUCAAAAAAAAGAUAAAAGAAAGAUAUGAUGGCUCAGAAUGGUGCCAGCAUGAAAGCCCUAAGGCACACAGUUUAGAAAAGCCACAUUUAUACCUGGAACUUAGCAAAGAGAACAGGACUGUAUAACAACUGCUGCAUCCACCUCACCAGACCCAACCACCUCCCUGCUUCCUCUCUUACAGGGAGAGCCCACGUACAGGACCUUUAUGCAGGACAGAAUUUAUUUAUUUCAGUAUUAUUAUUACGUGAUAUUAAGUAUGAACUUCUGCUUAAUUUGUUGAACACGAGAAAUAAAGUUUGUGGCAUGACGAAG